GGUGUAUCUGCCAGUAAGCUUAUACCUUGGCAUUCCUCUUUUUUUCUCUUUUAAACGAUCGGUCACUAGCUGUUACGGCAUGACUCCACAACGAGGCUGUCCUAAAUAGAUUCUCUAUUAGGCGGCUCCAGGAAUGUGCAAGAAGUGAUCUAAUCGGAAUUCUUAUCGUGUCCAUUGGUUUCAUUGACACAUUCCAGACACAGAUACACAAAUAGAUCCGAAAAGAUUCGUCCGGCUUGACCGAUUUAUGCGACUCAAUGACAGAUGCAUAAUUACAUUGACUACAUACCAUAAACCAGGAUAUUAGUGGACGAUUUGGGUGCCUUAAUUUAGUGAUGCUACAUCUUCUUUCAACAGGGACUAGGAUCUAUUUCAACAUAGCGGAACAAUUUUGUUUUCCCUUUUAAAACGUAGUCAUUACCAUCUGAACUUUUAAUUCUACUUGUACUAUAGUUUUACCAGCAUAGAUUUCUUCGGCUGCUCCACUUUCUUAGCGCUUAGAUAUUUAAAACAAAAUAGUCUAUAUCAGGUAAUUCCAUUGAAUGUUUUGCCACCCCUCGUUUUAUUUUGAAAUGUACGGAAUUAAACUCUUCAUUCCUUUCUCCUCCCCGCUGUCUAUCUAAUUUAUGUUCACGCAGCUCGCCAUCUCAGCCCCUCCCUAAACGCUCUCCCACUUCCUAUCGAUCAACUCGUUUUCCAUAUCACCCAAGCCACAGAGUUCGUAUCGACCUUUCCUCCUCUUUUCCGUCAACUAGAGAAAAGGUCGGCGGCUAAAAAUAGACUCGUAGUGCCUAAAUUUAGCUCCAAACAAACGGCUGCCAAGUCUCUAGCGGGGCGAUUCUAUUCUCAUUGGAGCGUAAGGGGAGGACGGGAUGCUUGGAAUGUUUCAAAACAGCUGUUGGUGGAUGGGUGUUGGUAGUGCCGUAUCGGCUUGCUCUCCCCUUGAAGAGGGCUUUUAUCAUGGAUUAAUUAUCCGUACACACUAUUAAAGUAACUGGACUUCACGGUAUGACGACUAUUUAACUUGUAGUUUCCCCGGUCCAUUAUUUGACUUUUCUUAACGUGGUUUUGUUCCAGUGAAGAAACGAUGGAAAGAACUUUGCCUCUGUUCAUUGACAGCGAAAUACAAUAAAAAAGCUGGUUAUUAACCACGUUUCAAGCUUGCUGUGGGUGUAUGUGUCAAGUUACUAAUGUGUAUGUAUGCAGGGACUGGACGAGUGGAUACUGUCUACCUGGUCUGGCUGUGAUUGGUAUUACCUAAUGAGUGGCCUCAUCCUUGAUGCUGAACUCUAGCUGUGCUAUGUCCACUCAUGGUUAGUGCAGGGACAUGAAACUGAGGUGAGCAGACUGGAGAGGCUAGCCCUACUUGCAGUCUCUGGAGGCAUGGCGCCUCGCUGUUGGCUGGAAUUGAUGUCAAGUUAAUUUUUUUUUUAAAGUGGAUUAUUAUGAACUUGUGAUGCACCUCCAAGUAUGCUAAGAAUUCCAAUGUCGUGCUUUUAGUUUUGAAAGGAGAAUUUCUUUCUGGUCGGAUAUUUGCCUGAAACUCUUGUUAUAUGUGUACUUACAUACAGUUGCCUUGUUCGGAUCCAGUCAGCCCGCACGAGACUGUCAUGGAGGUGAAUAGCUACCAACAGCAGCUGGCCAGGAAAGAUCGAAUCACAGAUCAACAGCUGCAGCAACAAUUGAAUUGCUUAAAACAGCAACAACAGCUACAACAACACUUGCUGUUGGAACAGUAUGAACACCAGAGACAGCAGCUGGAGCAAGAACAUGAGAAGCAGCUCCAAGAACACACUAAGUACUUACGUCACAAGCAGCUCUUACAACAACAGCAUGAGAAACAGGUUCAAGAACAUAUCCAGGUAUUUCUGGAACAGAAACAACUGGAACAACAGAGAAUGGAGAAGGAAAUGUUUGAACAUGAGCAACUGCAACACAUCAAAAAUAAAACAAAAGAAGAGGAAAGUGCAAUAGCUUCUUCUGCUGUGAAAUUAAAACUUCAGGAGUUUGUCCUGACUAAGAAGCACAGAGAAGCAGUCAAAGAUCUCAACACUUCCCCUCCACAGUUCAGACCACAUUGGGUGACCAACACCACAUCCUUAGACCAGGGUUCUCCGCCACUCAACUUGUCUCCACCUUAUGCCCACCAUCUACUGGCCAAAUAUGAAGAUGACUUCCCAUUGAGAAAAACAGCCUCUGAGUCCAAUAUCCUAAAGCUGCGGUCUGCUCUCAAGCAGAAAAAGGAAGUUCGGAGAGCCAUGAUAACACAUAGUCCUCUGGUGGGCCGCCGGGACAAAGGUGGGCCUCUUAACUUCAAGAGAAAAAAUCCCUUAGCAAUAGACACUGGUGUGUGUAGUAGCAAUCCUGAGUCUGGACCCAACUCACCUCCAGGAAGUGCUCAAGGUUCUCUACCCAAUGGGAGUUUGUCAUCUUUGCAUUCUAAAGAUGAGAGUUCUGCCUAUGUGUUUAAUCCCUUUCAACCCAACCUGGUCUAUCCCAACACAGAACUUCUAUACACAUCUCCAUCCAUGCCCAACAUAUCUCUAGGUCGACCACCAACGUCAGCAUCUCAGGGCUCUCCUGUCAGUACAGAAGAUGAUCUCAGAGCCGCCAUGUCAGUCAGACUGGGUAUUGCCUUACCAGGUCCCCCACACAUGUUGCCAGGUUACUUCCCUGCAUUACCAGUUCUGGAUGGAGAAUUUCCACCUGGCUCAACACAAGCAUUUUUAGCCUCCCAGGGAAAACUGUCUCCAUCAGCCAGCACCACCUCACCAUUAGCUAGUCCAUUCAUUCCAGUCACAGCAGCCCCAUCAGUCUCACACUCAGCUCACAGAUUGCAUAGGCACAGACCAUUGGGACGUACACACUCAGCACCGCUACCACUUGGAGUGUUUCAUCAACAACAACAAAAUCUUAUCUUACAGCAGCAACAUGAGCAGUAUCUGAAAGAUCAAAAACUUUUUGUUAAACAGCAUAUUAGACAGACUGUUCUCCAAAGAUCAGGAAGUAAAAGUCACAUGGAGAAUGUGGAUGAGGAGACAGAAGUCAAGUUAGCGCAGGAAAUGAAAGAAUGUAGAGAAUCAGAGAACAGGAUGGAGGAAGUAGCAUUACCUCCAACAGUUCCUGUCAUGGUACCACAUCCAUCAGCAUCAGUGUCCAGCCUGAGUGAACGUGAUAGUCACACUUUGUUAGGUCCUCACCGGGACAUUCAGAGAGUGCGCCACAAAGGACCUUCACAUCACAGACCUCUGUCUCGUACACAGUCCAGUCCUCUGGUCACUUUUUCUGUCCCACCACAAUCGGCUCAAGAUACAGGGCCUGUAACAUAUACUUUUACUACUGGUUUGGCCUAUGACAGUACCAUGUUGAAACACCGCUGUACAUGUAAUGAACACUUAAACCACUUAGAACAUGCUGGUCGUAUUUAUAAUAUUUGGAACAGACUUUGUGAAGAGGGUCUUGAAGCUCGUUGUGAGAAGGUGAGAACGAGGAAAGCCACUAUAGAAGAAUUACAAAGUUGUCACACAGAGCAAUACUCUCUGAUAUUUGGUGGCAAUCCUUACAAUAGACAAAAGUUGUAUGAGAGUUCCUCUAAGAGGUUUUGCCUGUUAUACUGUGGUGGUGUGGGUGUAGACUCAGACACUGUCUGGAAUGACAUCUAUACAGCUACAGCUGCAAGGACGGCUGCAGGUUGUGUUAUAGAACUGGCUUGUCGAGUGGCUGCAGGAGAUCUUAAGAAUGGGUUUGCUGUAGUUCGUCCCCCUGGUCACCAUGCAGAGCAAGAUACACCUAUGGGAUUUUGUUACUUCAACUCUGUUGCCAUAGCUGCCAAACAAUUGAGAGAUAAAAUGAAUCUACGCCGGAUCCUUAUUGUAGAUUGGGAUGUUCAUCAUGGUAAUGGCACACAGAAAAUGACAUAUGAUGAUCCUCAUAUACUGUACAUAUCAAUUCAUCGUCAUGACAAUGGUAACUUUUUCCCUGGUACUGGUGCCCCUGAAGAGUGCGGAGAAGCAGCAGGGCUUGGAUUCAAUGUGAAUAUAGCUUUUGGUGGGAGUCUGAACCCUCCUAUGGGUGAUGCUGAAUACUUGGCUGCAUUUAGAACUCUGGUCAUGCCAAUAGGUCACGAGUUUAAACCUGAGUGUAUUUUGGUUUCUGCUGGUUUUGAUGCUGCCAAAGGUCAUGCGACAGCAUUAGGAGGCUAUGAAGUCUCUCCUGAGUGUUUUGCUUUGAUGACCAGAGAGCUGAUGUCCUUGGCCAAUGGUAAGGUUGUACUAGCACUAGAAGGAGGCUAUGAUAUCCCUAGUAUUUGUGAUUCAGCAGAGUUGACUGUGAGAGCAUUGCUUGGUGAAGAGCUGAGGCCUAUACAUGAUGAGGAGUUGAAGCGACCUCCUUGUAAACCAGCUGUUGAAACCUUGGAGACUGCCAUACAGAUUCAAUCUGAACACUGGCCCUGUGUCAAGAGAUAUGCUGGGACAACUCAUCUCUCACUUUUAGACUUUCAGAAAAUUGACAUGGAAGAAGCUGCUACUGUGUCUGCUCUUGCUUCUCUUUCAAUGGUUGCUGGCAAACGAAGGACCUCUCCAGAGCAGCAAUCAGAACCCAUGGAUGAAGGAACGUAAAAAGAACAAAAGUCUAAGACAACUUUUCAGUUCCGGCCCUUGUUGCCUUACAAAUGAGCACAGCAAGCAUGUCCUGAACAGUGUUGUUAGCUUCCUAGUAUUUCUUGUUGUUAUGGUGACAUCUCCCUCCCCCCAGUGGAAUGUGUCUAGCCACAAGAAGCAACACAGGAGGAGGAUUCAUUUCACCAGUUGAGAUUGUGAUGAAGCCAGUCAAGAUUGUAGCCACUACUUGUACUUAACACUAGGACUUCAACUGACUUAGUUUCUCUUCUUCAGCAGCAUUUCAUAGCCAUACCUUUUUUUUUUCUACGUUGGGGAAAACAUGAUUAGCAUUAGGAAGAUUUCAAAUCGAAUUUCGGUAGACUAUCUCUUAGUUACACAUUUCUUUUCGUCAAUGGACUAAUUAUAGAUAGUCUCCCUUCUACAGCUGGUUUGUAGAGGUUUUGCUGCCAUAUUAAAAUGUUCACAUGUUAGACACUUGUUUAUUUCUAGUGAGGAGUGAUUUGGCUAUUGUAACAGUUAGUGCCUUGAGAUAUGUUUGGCAACAUUGAGGGAAUGAGGACUUUGUUCAAGUACGCUGUGCCAAACACAGGAGGAGUCACUUGAUGUGCUAAUAAUUCUUAACACCUUCAAACCUCAGUCAGAAGCCUAGUUUUUCAUUUCAUCUAAUAUCUAUUUUGUAUGAGUGUUGUUACAUAAUUAAUGUACAUAUUUCUCUACCCCUUUCCCCCCUUUACCCUGAAUGCAUUGUUGAUACUAAUAUCCCUUAAUAUAUAUAUACAUAUAUAUAUCCAUAUACAAACAUACAUAUUAUAUAUAGACAUUCUAUUUGUAAACAACUUGUAUCAAUGUGAUUGUUGAAGUCAAUGUCACAUUAUUUUGUUGUAUAAUUCUUGUUUGUUUUGUUGACUUCUGAUAAUUCUGAUGCCGUGGCACCACUAGCAUGUUUUGUUCACCAUCAACUCCUUAUCCAGUCUAUCCGGUCACACACACAUGAUGCUCUACUUUUGUUGAUGUUGAUUCCCUAAACACUUGUGUCCAAAACCUGGACAUUCUUUUUUUUCUUUUAACUAUUCAAAUGAUAUUUUCUUUUUUUGGCUUUGUGAUGUAAUUGAAUGUUGUAUUAUUUUGAAAACUAGAUAAUGGGCCAAAAAUGUUUAGAUGAUAAGUAUGCCUUGGAAUGUCUGAAUUAGCCAACAAAUGUGUGCAAAUUAGCCAUGGAAUGUGUGUAAAUUAGCCAUGGAAUGUGUGUAAAUUAGCCAUUAAAUGUGUGUAAAGUAGCCAUUGUAUGUGUGUAAAUCAGCCAUGGAAAUGUCUGAGCUGAUCUCUAGGUGUUGUGUUUGAAGUUCUUGAGAAUCUUGUAUGUGUGUGUCUACUGUUACAUAUAUUACACAUGCCAAAGUCUAUUGUUUUUAUUGAGUGUGUGUGUUAGCUUUGAAGUAGAGAUGGGAAAUGUGUGUGAGUGCUAGCUUUGAAGUAGAGAUGGGAAAUGUGUGUGAGUGCUAGCUUUGAAGUAGAGAUGGAGUGUGAGUGUUGGAGGGACCAACAGAAAAAAACUGAAAUCAAAUUGUCAAGUUAAGUUUACACUUUGGGAAUUUCAGACCUUCAAAUUUGGCUUUUAUUUUCAUUCUCUGAACUGUUGUUUUCUACCUUUAAUUUUCAGAGUGUUGUAUUUAUUGACUUUAUUUUUAGAAUGUGAUGAACUUGUUGUCAGCUCUGUUGGACUGAAAGUACUUGCAUGUUAUUUGAUAUUAAACAUGGUGUCUACUAUUGUGAUGAACUGAUGAACAAGUUGAUUUGUCCUGGUUCUAACCUGUAAUGUUGUUUUAUUGCACUGUAAAGCUCCCUGAAAGUACUGCAUCCCCUACACCUGCUCUUCUUCUUUCCCUACAAAGUUUCCUUUUAGUAGAAGUACUCACAAGAAGUCUCAUGAAAUUUCUUUAAGAGAACCCCCACCAAGCAUGUGCUCCUGAAGGUUUAAGCUUAGCCCAGGUUCAGAAAUUCAGUCCUCUAAUUGAAGACUUGGUGCUGACAUGACUGACAAAUUAGAAUCUCAUUUUGUUUAUGUUUUUAUAUGGUUCCAGUGAGUAGUUUCCUGCUAGCCACCAGUCACAGAACUAGCUGUGGAGUUUUCACUAGUUACACCCCAACAGUUUUGACCUUCAUCAGUGUAUAUUGAUUAGGACUUGUUUGUAGUUGAUGUGCUACUAGAGUUUGGGUGAACAUUAGAAACAAAAAAGAAUGCAGCAAUAUUUUCUUUUUCCUUAGUUUUUACCCUAGUUCUUUUUUUUUUUUUUUUUUAAUCAUUUUGUAGAUUGUACAUUAACAUUAGUAUCAAGUGUUUGGUUUUUGCUUUUAGCCAUUACAUGGUAAUACAGAUAUUUUUGAACAGGCCUGAGCUCACUACACUCUAUUAUGCUGCCAUUAUUAUUAUUUUUUUUUACAAAUGUCUACUUAUACAAUUUUUGUGAUAAAACUAGUUGUUAUAGAGAGAAAAACAAGAGUAAAACAUUAUGUACUUUGUAUUCAUAUACUAUGGUCUGUAUUGAAUAGUUUCUUUCAGCUCUGUUGGUCCUGUAUUUAAUAUAUACAUAUAUAUAAAUAUAUAAUAAUUAUUGCGUAUUUGGUUUUUCUCUCCAUAAUGUGACCAGAGUAUUGAGUUGGUCUUGCCAAAACUAUUGAGCCAUGUGAUGGCUUCUUGUCCAUGUUGCAGGCCAGGAAGCUCUGUGUCUAGGCUUGCUCUCUCUAUAAAUAGAAACUGUACAGUGCUUAUCCAUGUAUUUGUUUGACACAACUCCCCCUUUCAAUCCCUUGCCAGUGACCUGUGAUUUAAAAUAACUGUUAGCUGAUGUAUAGUGGCACAGAGCUGUUGGGCACUUCAGUCAUUACAAUUGGUGUCAGCAGGCUGUGACAUUGUUCAUCUCCCAUUGCUCCAGAUAUUGUGUACUAUAUUUUGUUCAAGCAAUAUGUUACUGAAUGUUAUUGUUACCCUUUUUGUUCAUGUUUAAGAGUUGGCAUCAAAGUUUGCCAAAAGUGAAACAAAGUGAAGAUUUGGGGGGUGUAAACCAAUCCAGUAGCAGAAUUCUGAGAAGCCAGACUUCAAUCCUGUAUAUAGAUAACUGGCUCUAACAGCAUCCAAUGGUGGUUUGUGAUAUCUUCUUUAUGGAAACCCAUCUUGUUUAUGUCCUGACAACACUCAUCUCAUUUGUUUUGUUUGAAAGUUCUUCUCUUCAAUGAGACAAAUGGUGGCAUUCAUUUCCCUACCUCUGAAAUGUGACCAGGAGGAAAUGCUGACAUUAGGGCAUCUAUAAUUGAUAGUUUGUGAGAAUCAUAAUAAAUUUUGGCAUGUCAUUGGCACAUUUCUAGUCGUUUGAAAUCAAUCCAAUACAAAAUUUCCCUUAUAACAUUGAAUGCCUUAAAUAAAAAUGUCAAAACAAAAAUCCCAACCCAUUUAGUUUUUACCUAACAGACCCUGUGAAGACAUUAUCUUUUAUUAUUUGACUGAACAUGUAUCAUUGUCCUAUUUGUAUCUUGCUAUGAUGUAACUAUUGUGAAGGUGUGUCAGCUGAGCCAUAGCUCCUUCUGAUAGACUUAGAUGGUUCCUUCUAGCUGUGUGCUGCACAUUGUAAAAACACUGUCAUUAUUGUGAGUAAAGUUUUAUUGUCAACAUG